CACUCGUCUAGAAUGGCUUAGGGUCGAAAGAUGCAAAAAACUCGAGUCAAUUCCGGGUCUUCCCCCCUCCCUCCAUUUCCUAGAAGCAAACGAUUGUGUAUCACUCCAUGUCUGUCUUUGUCUUUUCGGUCAAAACAUCUGUUUAUAUUUCAUGGCGAUUUGUUUCCCCAAGGAAACAAAUGCCAUGAAGUGGAUGUGACCAUGAGCGAGAUUAUAUUUGAGUUCAGCUGCGAUUUCGGCAAUGACAAGAUUAUAGAGUGUGGUGUACAGAUCAUGACAGAGGAAGCUGAGGGUAGCAGCAGCAGGCAAUUGGACAACUAUGAUACUGAGAGUAGCAGCAGCGAAGAUGGAAAUGGAGAAGAAAACAUCAAAACCAGUAAACAAACAGAGUAUUCUGACGAAGUGGACAUCGAUGAGAAAGAGAGUAUCUACGAAACUGGAGGCGACGAUAAUCACCUCACAGAUGGAGAUGGAGACUAUGAAGCAGAGGGUUUCAAGUUCUCUGAAAUGGAAAACAUCAACACCAGUAAACGAAUGCUGCCCGAAACUCGUGACAAUUCCGGCUCUUCCCCCGUCGCUCAAGUAGGAGAUAGAGAUCAAGACAAGGAGACCAUACGAUUCAAUCAGUUCCAGGUUAUUGGAGCAGUGCCUUCUGUUGUGAGCAUAAAAGGCAGAAGUUUUAGGGUUUCGCUCUCAUACUCUCACUUUCGUAGCCGCAAGACUCCUCUCAGAUUCUUACUUGCAGGAUUUGGGGAACAGAAGAUGGAGUUACGUAGCACUACAAAACACAAGAGUGGAACCAUUCCGAGUGUGAUAUUUAGCAACACCAACGGGUACAAGCUUGAAGAGUUGGUCAAGGGUAAACCGGACGGCAAGAAAGCCGUUCCUGGAGCACGGAUUAGUGUUCGCUACAUUGGAAAGCUUCAGAAGAAUGGGAAGAUCUUUGUUGACUAUUCAAAAACACCGUUUGAGUUUAUUCUAGGUUCUGGAGAAGUUCUUCAGGCAUUCGAAUUUGGUGUUGGAGGUUUUCUUCCAGGAGUCGAAUCUGGUGUUGAAGGCAUGCUUGUUGGUGGCAAAAGAAGGAUUACAGUUCCUCCACUUAUGGGGUAUGGCAAGGGCGGUGAUGGUAAACUGGUUCCUCCUAAUGCUUGGCUAGUUUUUGAAGUCGAACUGCUUGAUGUUAGUGCUGGAAGCUCAAUGAUUGAAGCCACUUCUGAUGUGACAACACACGAUAAUGGUCUCACCAUUGAAGUGUUGGUCAAGGGUAAACCGGAUGGUAAGAUAGCUGUUCCAGGAAAAUGGAUUCGUGCUCUCUACACUGGAAAGCUUCAGAAGAAUGGGGAGAUUUUCGAUUCCAAAUUCAGCAAAAGACCAAAAACGUUCUGCCUAGGAGGUGAUCAUAAACUUGGUUUGGGAUUCAGUUUUGGCAUAACAGGCAUGCAUGUUGGUGAGAUAAGAAAGAUUACCGUUCCUCCAGUAUACGGGUUUGUUGGUAAACGGGUUCCUCGUCAUGCUUGGCUGGUUUUUGAAGUCGAACUGGUUGAAGUUGUUGAUGAUGGUAUCUACUAUGAUUAUGAUGGCUGUUUGUUAGAUUACAUUUUAGAGGCAACAAGAUCCAGAUAAACAAACCUUAUUUUGAAACCUGAAUAUAUAUAUGUUCCAAAAGUUUUCCACCUUGUUUCUGUUUGGGAAAACUUAGAAGCGGAAUUUGGUGGAUGAACCAAGUUAGAAGUGUAUGCUAACCGGGUUAAUGUAGGUUUUUGGGAGGGUGUACAAAACCGGUUUGGUUCAUGUAAUGUUUGUGCAAAGUAGUUUUUUCUUUUGGUGCGGAGAUGUACUUUUGUAUUUUGCUAAUGUACAAGUAUUUGUUCAUUUCAGUUGUGUUUGUUUUCCUAUGAUUUGAUUUUUGUAACCAAAAAUUGAAUCUUGCAAGUGCAUAUCUUGCUGGGUGCAUGCAUAUUUUGGUCUAGUCCGGUUCAGUUCAAUACCGGGCUACUUAUCUUGAUUUUCGAAUGAAUUGAUUAAAUGAUU